UAUAGGUAAUACUAUACUUUGUCCUUCUGUAUUUCGUAGUCCUUUAGCAUUAAUAGCUCCUAUAAAGAUAACUAAUGAAAAAAAUUCGUAUGUUUUUUACAAGUAAUAAAUACGUCUCAAAUUGUCACAAGAAUUAAUAUUGUUGAUAGUUAUGGACGUUGACUGAAUCAUACCUCUAUGAUUAAUCCAUCCUGAUAGUUUAAAUAUUUUAAUUACCAACUGGAUUAGUCGUUCUGUCUAUGUAAUAUACAUUCACGUCUCGAGAGACCCAAUCAGGUCAAAUAUAAUCAAUUUAACGGUUGACGGAAGAUAAAAUGUCGUAUUGAUGUUUUUUAUCCAACAGAAAAUGGCUAAAUUGCAUAUCUUCAAAUGUUUUUAUUUAUUUCUCGUAAUAGUGAUCAAUAUUACUACUGAUUUUUGUUACGCAAAAUUAAAAUACUCUCUAUCGAAGCAUGAAUCUUAUGAAACAUACAAUCUCACUCAAGAAGAAAUUUGCCAUCCUUUACGAGGCAAAGCUAAACCAAUACCAAAGUUAACUCAUGCUAUAACAAUAGAACCUAGUUAUAUUUUUCAGAGCUGGAGAACACCUCGGAAUGCUGAUUUAAUAUGUAAAUUUAUUGUUAAAACAGCACAUCGACAAAAUUUGAUGGUUGUUAUACAGAAUUUGUCAUUUCGUCAAAAUGGUUCUAAAUGUCUGGAUUAUGUCAAAUUUAAACGAAAAAAUCAUGAUGAUGGUAAAACAUUUUGCGGAAAAAUUGACUAUGAGAGAGUACACGAUGAUUUUGCCAGGAAUAUUGUUGGUGAAUUCACUAGUAAUAUGGAAGAUGAAAUAGAAACAACGAUAUUAGUAUCGAAACAACCUUUAGAUCCAGAAGAUCCUCCCUUGAAUAUAACACUUGUAUUUACUCCAUUUAAAGACUGUUUCCGUAGUGAAGGUUUAAAUAACAAUGGUCAGAUUUAUAAACGACCAACAGAAACAUCAGAGUAUUGUUUACCAGAGGAUUAUAUCUGUGAUGGGAUAACAAAUUGUCUUCCUGAAAUAUGUAAAGACGAGUCAAAUUGUCCUGAGAUAAUCGUAAGCAAUGGAAUUGGAACAAAAGUAACAAUAACUGCCGUUUCGACAAUAUUACUCUGUUUUAUAAUAUUUUUAAUGGGUCUAUGGAUUUGCCGGCGAAACCACAAACUAUGUUGGUCUCCGGACUGUGCUGGUCCGCCGAAUCCGGAUGACCAUAGAUUUGCAAAUGCCAAUAAUCGUGGAUCAGGUAAUUUUACUGAUCAACAGUCGCCGCCGGUACCUUCCGCGCCAAUGCUUCAAGUUGCCGUUCUUUCGUCACCCGCUGACAAAGAUUUGCCGCCUAGUUAUGACUCUCUAUUCCCCGCGGAGGACGUCGGGGCUCCGCCACCCGUGCACAGUAAUAUAUAAAGUUAUUUUUAUUAUAUAAAUUUACUAUUAUAAUAUACGUAAUACGUAAUAAUAAUUAGUAUUCAUUAAGGUCACAUGUUACCUUUGUUGCGCGUUUUUGAAUUGCAAUUAUUCAACGCUCAAUUAUUUGAACAAAUUGUACAUGAAAUUAUUGACUAAUAUUCAAGCUGAUUUGUUAUGUUAUACGGCAGUAUUUUAAAUGAUCUAAAUUGUAUAUAAAUAUUUAAUAAUAUACGUAAUGAUAUGUAGUUGAUAAUAAUUAUAAGUAAUAUUAAUAUUAAUCGUGAUUUUUAAUUCUUUCAAAGUAAACAUGCCAAAUUAACUUUAUAAUUAUCUCAAGCAAUUAGAUAUUUAUGUAUAAAAAAAAUUUUAUUAUAUAUAAUCGGAUCUACCCGCAGCUAAUUAUUUACAAUACGGAUUAUCCGUAAAGUAUAAUCUAAUCGGAUUUAAUUAUAUAUUUUAAUACAGCGAUGUAUAAUUACGUACAAUAUGUGUCUUCGUUUUUUUAUAAGUUAAACUCAUCGAUCAAAGUGUACUUAAAGUCUUUUCUUUAUUAUCAUUUUAAUACGGUAUACUUUAUGUACCGCUAAUAAAUCAACGUCUUUAAUGAUGUAAUUUUUCAUACCUU